CUGUAGGAAUAGCAGGAAACCCAACUGCACCCGAUCUGUUAAAAAGGAAAUGUUAAAGUUUAAAGAGAGAGGCCCCAUUGACCGCAGCACCAAAAAUCCCUGAAAUUUAUUUGACCAAUUUGGCCCGGUUCAGUGGGCCCGGUUCAUUCCCUAGGCUCUGAGCCUAUUCAAAUUCCCCCUAUAACUCUAUAAAAAUCUGCGCACCCACACACACACACACUAAUACUCAUGCAAAAGUUAUUGCUCUUGUAGUUGUUCACACUCAAACACACACACACACACCAAACUUUUCAUCAUUAACAAUAUGUACAACAUCAACACUAGCAAAAUGGACUCACUGUGGGCGGAGAAGGGCGGCGCCGGCGACAUUCAGCUGCCGGAGAGCCCAAGAGGUCCGAUGGAGUUUCUGUCGAGGUCUUGGAGCGCCUCCGCCCUUCAAGUAUCCAAAGCGUUGGCACCUGCUAACCCGCCAUUAACGCAGCCGCUUCCCAAAGCUGCUAGUCCCGCCGCCGCAAUAAUACCUGAGAACACCGCCGGAGAAGAAGGAGGAGGAGGAGAGGAGGAUGAGUCCGCCAAGCUUUCUGGGAACACGUUUUCGUUUGCUUCUUCCGCCACGUGUCAGCUAAUCCUGGAGCGCAUCAUGUCUCAGUCUGAAAUAUCACCACUAACAUCAGGAAGGCUUUCACAUAGCAGCGGCCCUCUGAAUGGGUGUCUAACCGAAGAAACUGAAAGCCCACCAAUCUCCCCUUCUGAUGAGUACGAGGAUGUUGUUAAGUACCUACGUGCAAACAACACUCUACAACCCUUAUUCACCGGCACCCCACGAGCCGGCUACAAUGGCGGCGCAGGCGGUGCCGCCACGCCUGGCGGCAAGACGGUUGGGAGGUGGCUGAAGGAGCGUCGUGAGAAGAAAAAGGAAGAAACCCGAUCGCAAAAUGCCCAGCUCCACGCUGCAGUUUCUGUCGCCGGAGUUGCUGCAGCCAUCGCCGCCAUAGCUGCCGCCACUGCCGCGGCUUCCUCAAAGGGAAAAGACGAGCAGAUGGCGAAGACCAACAUGGCGGUGGCUUCUGCAGCCACUCUGGUGGCUGCACAGUGCGUGGAGGCGGCAGAGACGAUGGGUGCCGACCGCGACCACCUCAUGUCCGCCAUUAGCUCCGCCGUCAGUGUCCGGUCCCACGACGAUAUAUCCACUCUCACAGCCGCUGCCGCCACAGCUUUGCGUGGAGUUGCGACAUUGAAGGCGAGAGCGUUAAAAGAAGUGUGGAAUGUGGCAGCAGCUAUUCCGAUUGAAAAAGGAACUAAUUUAGGCACCGGAAAUAAAAACAACAACAACAACAACAACAACAACAAUAACGGAAGCAACAACAGUUCCGGAAGCUUCUGUGAGGAACUUGUUCCGGAAGAGAACUUUCUAGCAGCUUGUAAUCAAGAGAUGCUUGCUCGAGGCACCGAGCUUCUCAAAAGAACUCGCACCGGCGAUCUUCACUGGAAAAUCGUCUCUGUUUACAUUCAUCGAAGUGGAAAUGUGAUGUUGAAGAUGAAGAGCAAAUACGUAGGAAAUACCAUCACCAAGAAGAAGAAAAAUGUGGUUUUAGAUGUAUGCAAGAACAUGCCAGCAUGGCCGGGGAGACAUUUGUUCGAGGAUGGGGAGCAGAGAAGAUAUUUCGGGCUUAAGACGACAGCCCGAGGAGUAGUUGAGUUCGAGUGCAAGAAUGCAAGAGAGUACGAAAUGUGGACGCAGGGUGUUUCGAGGCUUCUUUCCGUUGUAGCCGAAAGGAAGAAAAAGCAUUACAAAUAAUCCCAAAAAAAAAAUUUGUAGAUUGUUGUUUAAUCUUUUUCAAGGCUGAGUUUGUGAGAUUAUUACAUUUCCAUGUGUUAGAACUUGAUGAUGAACAACUAUGAGAUCAAAUGCCAUGAACCAGAAAUGUAGCCAUUGCAUGUUCAUU